AUGAACUCAACUUCGUUCCCGUUGACCACUACUGCGCUGAGUGGUAUUGACGUUGUCUAUAAAACAGCAUAUUCAUCGAUUCCAACUAGCACAUCGCGAGCAAUCAUAACUGAGCAUCCACAAAUCACUUUCGUACGAGAAACGUACAUAUGGCUCGUUCCUCUGAUGAUUUCUAUUCUCAUGAUUGCUAUUAUCGGCAAUUCAUUGAUUGUGAUCUCAUCGCCGUGGCUAAGUCCACCGGUCACUCCUUACUUGCGUUUGUGUGUUUCACUUGCUGCCGCAGAUAUGUGGGCCGCAUCCUUAUUAACCGCAGGACUGAUAGUGAAUAGUUACCUAACUGUGGUAAUCCGCAUCCGUAAGAAGAGUGAUUGUUUCGCGGCAAUAUUGGAGGUGUUUCGAAUCGGUGGAAUGCUCACCUCGGAUUUGCAUUUGUUCGCACUCGCGAUCAAUCAAUUCGUUGGAAUCACUUGGCCACUUAAAUAUAAGCCAUGCUCACCUGCAACUGCAUAUCCCCAACAGCAACAAACACACUCACAAACGCAUCAAUGCUCAACUCAAUGCCCAUCCGUCCCAAUGCAAGAAUGUUCGAGCAAAUUCGACUCCACAAUUUCGCUGUUCGGAAACACUUUCGAAGGUCGGUAUCGAUGUACGGCUAGGAGAACUCGCUCAUUCAAUGCUCAAUCAAGUGAUCCAGAUACUGAGUCGACAAGGCUGAGCAAGCACAGUUUUAGUGGUCUAUCAGCAUCGUUCUCGAAAAAUGCUGAAGCGCAGUCACUGAUGUGUUGA